AGCCAGCCAACCGAAUAGUAGUGCCUCAGGGUUAGGCUCCGCCUCUCAGCCGUCCGGCCCGCUCGGCUAGGGAAGGAGCAAGAGCUCCUCAAGAUGCAAUGCCUGACCACACCCACACUGCUGCGUGCCCUGGCCCAAGCUUUGCGCACAGGACAUGCUGCUGGCCGGAGCCUCCACAGCAGUACCAUGGUAGCAACCUACAAGUAUGUGAAUUUGCAGGAACCAGAGAUGGACAUGAGGUCAGUGACUGACCGGGCGGCUCGGACCUUGUUGUGGACUGAGCUCAUCCGAGGCCUGGGCAUGACUCUGAGCUACAUGUUCCGGGAGCCAGCUACAAUCAACUACCCAUUUGAGAAGGGCCCACUAAGCGCACGCUUUCUAGGGGAGCACGCUCUGCGCCGUUACCCAUCUGGGGAGGAGCGCUGCAUCGCCUGCAAGCUUUGUGAGGCUAUCUGCCCUGCUCAGGCCAUCACCAUUGAGGCCGAGCCCAGGGCUGAUGGCAGCCGCCGGACCACCCGCUAUGACAUUGACAUGACUAAGAACAACGGGGACAAGUGGGAGGCUGAGAUCGCAGCCAAUAUCCAGGCCGACUACCUCUACCGGUGAUGUGCCCAUCUCUGCUCCAUGCCCGCAGCCCCUGCUGCCCAAUAAAGCUCUGACCCUCA